AUGGACAUUAUAGCGGAGCACAGAGCCUCCAAGAACUUCGCCCAGUUUUGGAAAAUAACCAAUAAUCUGAACAUUAAGUCGAGUUUGCCUACUGCGGUGUCGGGAUGUAGUACCGAGAGGGACAUAGCUAACAUGUUUAUGGAAAAGUUUCAAGUUUCUUCCCCGGUGUCUCAACCACGUGGAGUGCUUGAUGCUGGGACUGGGAGUGGUCAGGAGAUAUUACGUUUUUCUUCUAAGCAGGUGGCUGCAAUAAUAAGAAAAAUGUCAAGAGGUAAAUCUCCAGGUCACGACGCUCUCAGCAUUGAGCACUUGAAAUAUGCAGGAGAACAUCUUCCCGGAGUGUUGGCUAUGUUCUUCUCGCUAUAUCUGCACGACGCUCAGUUUGGGUUUAGGCCUGGGCUUUCCACAGAAAGUGCCAUACUGUGUCUUAAGCAGACCGUCCAAUAUUACACAAAAAGGCAGACGCCGGUGUACGCCUGUUUUCUUGAUCUCUCAAAGGCAUUUGACCUCGUGGUUUAUGAUGUUCUUUGGGGUAAGCUCGAGAAAGCGGGCGUACCUCGGAAUUUGAUAGAAAUUUUGAAAUGUUGGUACAUGAACCAACAAAAUAAUGUAAGAUGGGGAAGAGCUCUCUCGGAUGCGUACAGAUUGAAGUGCGGUGUAAGGCAGGGUGGUUUGACUUCGCCGAAACUCUUCAAUCUGUACGUGAACGAGCUGGUUGUUGGGCUCAGCAGUAAACCAGUCCGGUGUCAUGUCGACGGCAUAUGCGUGAAUAACAUAAGCUAUGCCGACGAUAUGGUGCUCCUGGGUCCAACGACGGGCGCUAUUGCGGAGUUGCUUCGAACUUGUGAACAGUACACAAGUUCUCACGGCCUUGUGUACAACUGUGCCAAGAGCGAGUUUUUGAUCUUUGGGGUCCCCGGUAAGGGAAUGUCCUACGAACCAAAGAUAAGUUUGAACGGGUUGCCCCUGAAAAGGGUAGAUAAAUUUAAGUAUCUAGGACAUUACCUGACGGGUGAUCUCAAAGAUCAAAUUGAUAUUGAUCGAGAACGUAGGGCGUUGGCUGCCAGAUGUAACAUGUUGGCACACAGAUUUGCCCGUUGUAGUGAGGAAGCCAAAAUUACAUUAUUCAAGGCUUACUGUCAAUCCUUCUACACGGGUGGUCUGUGGGUGAACUAUACGCAGAAGGCACUCAGCGCCCUGCGUGUUCAAUAUAAUAACGGUUUCAGAAUGCUGAUGGGACUACCACGGCAUUGUAGCGCAUCCUCGAUGUUUGCUCUAGCGGGAGUAGAUGACUUUUUUGCUGUGAUGCGAAACAAAAAGGCGUCACUACUCUCGAGGCUGCGUUCUAGUUCUAACAGCAUUCUGAAAAUGUUUGCGGCUAAGCUUGAUGCGCCGAUGCUUCAACAUUUUAUCCAGGUUCUGGUGAGAUCAUGAGGUUAUCGGCGCCUCGAGCGGUAAGUUGUAUAUACGUAUUCU